UGGAAGCAAACCCGGAACAAGCCAGAGUGGGAGUCCUGCCUGUGUCUGGGCUUCGGAAAGGGCCACAACCGGGUCAAAAGUGCGCUGUUGAGAGACAUGCGCUGAGGAGGCGGGGAUGGUAGGGAGAGGGAGGAAGUCGCAGGUCCGAGUCCAGCGCUCCCAGCUCGGCGAGGCUCCACACGCAGCGACAUGAGGUGCCUGCUGUUUCUGCUGCUCUGGGGGCUCCCUCAGAUUCGGAGAACUUCUGAGGUCCCGCAAAGGAAUUUCCCCUUCCGCUGCCUCCAGAUCUCAUCCUUCCUCAACCGCAGCUGGGCGCGCACCGACGCCUUGGCGUGGCUCGGGGAGCUGCAGCCCUACGUGUGGAAGAACGACUCGGACACUAUCCGCUUCCUAAAGCCCUGGUCUCAGGGCACAUUCAGCGACCAGCAAUGUGAGGAGUUGCAGCAUCUAUUUCGGGUUUAUCGAAGCAGCGUCACCAGGGACAUACAGGAAUUCGCCAAAAUGCUGCACAUAGCCUAUCCCUUGGAGGUCCAGGUGUCUGCUGGAUGUGAGGUGCACCCUGGGAACACCUCAGAAAGCUUCUUAUAUGCAGCAUUUCAAGGAAGAGAUAUCCUGAGUUUCCAAGGAACUUCUUGGGUGCCAGCCCCAGAUACCCCACAGUGGGUCGCGAGAGUCAUCGAAGUGCUCAAUGACGACCAAGGGACCAGAGAAAUGGUGCAGUCGCUCCUUAAUGACACCUGCCCCCAAUUUGUCAGAGGCCUCCUGGAGACAGGGAAGUCAGAACUGGACAGGCAAGUGAAGCCUGAGGCCUGGCUGUCCAGUGGCCCUGCUCCUGGGCCUGGCCGUCUGCUGCUGGUGUGCCACGUCUCAGGAUUCUACCCAAAGCCUGUGUGGGUGAUGUGGAUGCGGGGUGAGCAGGAAGAGCCGAGCACUCAGCAAGGUGACAUUCUGCCCAAUGCUGAUGAGACAUGGUAUCUCCGAGUAACCCUGGAUGUGGUGGCCGGGGAGGCGGCCGGCCUGACAUGCCGAGUGAGGCACAGCAGUCUGGGAGGCCAGGACAUCAUCCUCUACUGGGUACUAUCAUAUCCUGAAGUGGACUAAUUACUGAUACCCAGACCAUAGAAAGAUGGGGCAUCUUAACUUCAAGAGGAAUAGAAGUGGAUACUUUAAAUGGGGAAGCAAAUAAGAAGCACCUGGCACCCUCAUGCAUGCUUAGACCAGGGGACUUGGAAUAGUGACGGAUCCUGGACA